GAUUAAUUAAAACAUGUUGAUAACAAAAUUGAAAAGAUAAAUUAUAUUGAAUUGUUAUUAAUAGUUUUAACAUGAAAAAUAUUUUCCCUGGUUAUCGCAAUUCAAUUUCAGGUUCAAACGUAACAGCGCAAAGUUAAACAUUAAACAUUUAAACACGUUUUGUGCCAAUAAUCAAAUGAUUAAUGAAUAGCUUGUUCAACAGGUAACGAAAUAUGGAAAAAGUUGAUUGAGAAAAAAUUUGAAUGACACAAAAAAAACAAUCUUCCUUUCAAGAUCAUUAGACAACUGCUCGUAAAUUCAUCAUCAUUAUCAUCAUCAUCCGGUCUCCAGAUGAUUGAGAUUAAACUAUUUUUUGCUUUCUCACAAAUAUCAAGCUGAUGAUGAGAAAAAUAAAGUUAAAGUGAUUGGAAGGGGAUUUAUAACUGUUCAAGAUGCAAGAUGUUACCCUUUUAUCCCAAUAUCAAACAUUUGGUUGGAGGCACAAUUUUUUUAUAAUAAGCUUGCCCUUAUUAUUGUGAUAACUUGAAAAUUCCCAUAGACAUAAAUUGGAAAUAAUGUUGAGUAUAAUAAGGAAACCGUUGGCCUUGCAUCGAAAGUAGGUCCUAGACUCUCAACAGGAAAAAAAGUCGGUCAAAAGAGCAGAGGGAAGAUGAGUGUGUGAAAGAGAGAGGGAGAGAUGAAAGGAAAGAGAGGGAGGGAAGAUGAAGCGUUUUUUAAGGGAGGAAGUGAAUCCAUGUUUAUCUUCAAUCGGUUUUUGUUACAGAGAGAGGAAGAGCUUUUUAAAGCUCUCUCGGUUACUCAGCAAUUAAAUUUCACCAGCAACUAAUGCAUAACAAUUAUUGACUUCAUGUUCUCAUUGCAUGGCAAAAAAAUUCAACCUUUCUUCAAUAAUUAACAGAUUUCGGGCUUCAUUUCAGUCACUUUUGGUCACUUUGUUUAAAUUCAUGUGAAAAUGCAAUUAUCAUACAAAACUUAGGUUUUAUUAAGUAUUCAUCUUUUAGUUAGAGGUUUAGGAUUAAUUAAUGAUUAUUAUUACAAUAAUAGCAAUAACAUUUCCUCCUUCCUUCAUUUCAAAUAAACUUGAUUCUUUGUGUUUCAUUUCCUUUUUUCAUCAUCAUCAUCGUUUCAUUUUGUUUUCAUUUGAAAAUUAAUUCAACCUCUAUUUUGCAUUGUUUCAAUCAAUUGUUGAUUCAAAUUGGAUGUCACUAAGUUUACACCAUUGACCUUUAAUUGUACAAGUAAUUGUCACUUUUUACAAAGGUUAACCAGGCCGAAGGAGUUUGUUUCAAUUAGCAAGUGAUCAGGAAACAAUAUCAUCCUGUAAUUUGAACAUUUUAAACAACUUUCAUUGAGAAUCAAUUGAAUGGUUAAACAUUUCAAGAAGAGUAAAAUUAAGUCAAAAGUCAAAUUACAAAGCUAGGUUGCGAUCAUUGAAGCUAAACGGUCAAAAUAGGUAAUCUAAAUGAAUAGGUAAAGGCCUAAUUUUUUUGUCAGUUGGCCUUUUUUACCUGAAAAAAGUGUCAAAUUUUGUUAAUUAAAUGGUUUCUUGUUUUGUAGAUUAGUGAAUCAAUAGAAAAACCGAGAUUGAAAUAAGGAUAAAACCCGAAUCAAGAGUAAAUCAUCACCAAAUUAACUAAUUUCAAUAGAUGAAGAUUUACUUUUUUUGUCAUGGACAAGACUUGAUAGUAUAUAAGUUAAUUUGCAAGUUAGAUUAACAAUUAGUUAGUGAUCGACAUCAAACACAUCAAGAUCAGUUCAACGCGAGUCGGAAUUACUUGGAAACGCAAACCAACUCUUUGCUUAACGGGUUAAACUAGUUGUUGUGUUGUGUCAAAUUGAGUUUUGGUUAAGUGAUCAAAGAUGAAAUCAUAUUUAUUAGGAUUGCUGUUCGUGAGUUUUGUAUUUCUAGUCACAGCUCAUCACCAUCAUUGUCACAAACAUAAAUGCUGUAAAAAAGAGGUUCAUCAUCAUCAUGAUCAUGAAGGUAAGAAAGUCUUCCAUAAACAUGGACAUGGCCAUGGUCAUAAACACUCUCAUAGUCACGCCAAUCAUCAUCAUCAUCAUCAUAAACAUGAUGGCCAUUCACACGAUCAUGGUCAUCAAGGUUACCAACAAAAUAUUGUAACUCAUCAGCUAGUCAACAAAGGAAACCCUCAAACAGUUCAACGGGUUCAAGGAUCGUUGCUCAAUAACUUGUUGACCAAUGGAGCUCAAAAUGGUGCGAUUCUGUUCAGAACUGCUCAAAAUGGAAAUGUUUACCAAGCAGUUCAACAAGGCGUCCAAAAUGGACAACAAGCGACCCGAGCUUACAUCUUACAACAGCCCGGGUUGGCAGAGCUUGGACGCAAUGGUAAAUUGGCUGAAAUACUUUCGGGCAACAGAGUAAUCCUGGUCUAAUGAUUACCAAAAAAAGGAAAAUCUGAUUAAACAAAAUUCCACAGAAAACACAAUCAACUUUACCUCUCAACUCACUUGGUAGGUAUUCAACAAUUGUACCUGAACCAUGAUUUUUUUGUAAAUUUAAUACAAUCACUAAUUUAUUACCUCAAAACUUGAAAGUAUCAAUAAAGUAAAUUUCAAUCAAUCAAAAAAAAAUGUUCAAGUUGAAACAUUUCUCUUUGUUUCUUGUAAGCUCACAACUAUGCU